AAGCCGACGAACUCGAGCGGCUGUUAUUCGUGGCGGCUGUUAUUGUUUGUGUCACUCUUGUUUGGACGCGCGUUGCUGAACGUUCGCAGCGAGCACUCGAUUUCUCUCAGUGCCGCCAUCGGCCCACGUUGCGUAUGCGUAACGCGCUCACACACUCAAUUCUUUUUGCGAGUUUUCCUUCGAGCCAAGUUUUCCCUUAAGUGCCGCGAAAAUCCCACAAACGAUGACAAUCAUCGGGCAGCUGUAGUUUGGCCACCAGCUGAAUGCGAUAAAUAAAUUAAAUACGCGCAAAGGCCAGCGGUAAUACGCGUUUCCCACUGCCGACGGCAAAACACAAAAGUGCUACGAGUAACUACAAAUAUAGUUAUUUUACCCCUUAACAAAAAUUAAAAAAAACAAAAAUAUAAACACAGUGCAAUGAUCAAGCAGAGUUAAAUAAUAUCCACAAAACAAACACACACACACAAAAGUGCUAGAAAAAGUUCUCUUGAUGAAAAAUCACCUGUCCAACGUUCUGUGUGCGAUGCGUAGUGACUUCAAGGAUAAUCACCAGGAGACCAUCAAUAAAAUGAUACAAUUUGGUACAGUGAAAUAUGGCAUUGUCAAACAGCUGAAGGAUCGCGCUCGCAGCGCCGACAAAGACACCGGAAGCGAUCAGGAGGAGAAUGGUGGCUGCUCGCCACUGACCACGGCGACCACGACGGCGAGUCCCAGUCGGAGUCCCGAUCCCGAGGAGGAUCAGGAGCACCACGAGGAGGAGGAGGAGCAGCUGCAGAGCGAGGAUAAAUCAGAGGUCAAGCCAGAGAUCGAACCCGUGGAGGAUAACAACAACCGGGUGGCGAUGACCAAGCCGAGCUCCGAGGAGCGGGAGCCGAACGCCAGUGGCUCCAUGCCGAGUUCCCCGGUGGCGGAGGCGAGUGCCGAGGAGGCGGCCACCGAAAGGACCUCCGAGAAGGAGAAGGACAUCGAGGUGGACGUGGAGAUGCCCGAUGAGCAGCCGAGCAGCGUGCUGCCCUCCUCCACGGAGGCGACUCCCGCGGGAGGAGCAGCUGGAGCUCCAGUCACCCUGGAAGCCAUCCAGAACAUGCAAAUGGCCAUUGCCCAGUUUGCGGCCAAAACAAUUGCAAAUGGCUCGAGUGGAGCGGACAACGAGGCUGCCAUGAAGCAGCUGGCCUUCCUGCAGCAGACGCUCUUCAACCUGCAGCAGCAGCAACUGUUCCAGAUCCAGCUCAUCCAGCAGCUGCAGUCGCAGCUGGCUCUGAACCAGGCCAAGCAGGACGAGGAGCUGGAGGAGCAGGACGCGGAGCAGGAGCAGGACCAGGAGCAGGAGACGGACACGUACGAGGAGGAGGAGCGCAUCGCGGACAUGGAGCUGCGCCAGAAGGCGGAGGCCAGGAUGGCGGAGGCCAAGGCGCGCCAGCACCUGAUAAACGCGGGAGUUCCCCUGCGCGAAUCCUCGGGAUCCCCGGCGGAAUCCCUCAAGCGGAGGAGGGAGCAGGACCAGGAGUCGCAACCCAGUCGGAGAUUGAGCUCAGAAACCUCUAGGAAAGAGGAGGGAGCACAGGAUGCGCUGGCGAAGCUCAAGGAGAUGGAGAACACGCCGCUUCCCUUUGGUUCCGAUCUGGCCAGCAGCAUAAUCACCCACCACGAUGACCUGCCGGAGCCGAACUCCCUGGAUCUCCUGCAGAAGCGCGCCCAGGAGGUGCUCGACUCCGCCUCCCAGGGAAUCCUGGCCAACAGCAUGGCGGAUGACUUCGCCUUCGGGGAGAAGUCCGGCGAGGGAAAGGGACGCAACGAGCCGUUCUUCAAGCACCGCUGCCGGUACUGCGGGAAGGUAUUCGGCUCGGACUCUGCCCUCCAGAUCCACAUCAGAUCGCACACCGGGGAGCGACCCUUCAAGUGCAACGUGUGCGGCAGUCGGUUCACCACGAAGGGCAACCUGAAGGUGCACUUCCAGCGCCACGCCCAGAAGUUCCCGCACGUGCCCAUGAACGCCACGCCCAUUCCCGAGCACAUGGACAAGUUCCACCCGCCACUGCUCGACCAGAUGUCGCCCACGGACAGCUCGCCCACCCACUCUCCCGCCCCGCCCCCCAUGGGCAGCGCCCCCGCCUCCUUUCCACCCGCCUUCCCCGGACUGCAGAACCUCUACCGCCCGCCCAUGGAGAUCCUGAAGAGCCUGGGAGCCGCCGCCCCGCACCAGUUCUUCCCGCAGGACCUGCCCACCGAUCUGAGGAAGCCCUCGCCGAAUCUCGAGGAGGAGGAGGAGGGGGAGGGGGAUGUGGCAGUGCCCGUGAAGAACGAACCCAUGGAGGAGGGGGAGAAGGAGCAUCAGGAGGAGAGGGAGAGGGAAAGGGAGAGGGAGAGGGAGAGGGAGCAGGAGAACGCAGAGUGCUCGGAACCCGAACCCGAACCACUUCCCCUGGAGGUUCGCAUCAAGGAGGAGCGCGUGGAGGAGGAGCAGGAGCAGCAGCUCAAGGAGGAGGAGCACCGCACGACGGAGCACCGGAGGACACCCUCUCCAUCGGCAGAUCAUCAGCGAUCCCCGCACCACCACCACCACCAGCACCACCGCCACAGUCACAUGGGAUACCCGCCGGUGGUGCAGCCCAUCCAGCCAGCCGCCCUGAUGCACCCGCAACCCUCGCCGGGAUCCCAGUCCCACCUGGACCACCUUCCCACCCCGGGACAACUGCCUCCCCGCGAGGACUUCUUCGCCGAGCGCUUCCCCCUGAACUUCACCACCGCGAAGACCCUCUCCCCCGAGCACCACUCGCCGGGCACCUCGCCCUCAGUGGGCUCCCUGCCGCCGGGCGUGGCACCGCCGCACCACCCACAUCCGCACCACAUGGCCAGGUCGCCGUUCUUCAACCCGAUCAAGCACGAGAUGGCCGCCCUGCUGCCACGCCCCCACAGCAACGACAACUCGUGGGAGAACUUCAUCGAGGUGUCGAACACCUGCGAGACCAUGAAGCUCAAGGAGCUGAUGAAGAACAAGAAGAUCAGCGACCCCAACCAGUGCGUCGUCUGCGAUCGCGUGUUGUCCUGCAAGAGUGCCCUCCAGAUGCACUACCGCACCCACACCGGCGAGCGUCCCUUCAAGUGCCGCAUCUGCGGCAGGGCCUUCACCACGAAGGGCAACCUCAAGACGCACAUGGCGGUGCACAAGAUCCGUCCGCCGAUGAGGAACUUCCACCAGUGCCCCGUCUGCCACAAGAAGUACUCGAAUGCCCUGGUGUUGCAGCAGCACAUUAGGCUGCACACUGGGGAACCUACUGAUUUGACUCCCGAGCAGAUCCAGGCAGCUGAGAUCAGGGAUCCACCGCCCUCGAUGAUGCCGGGCCACUUCAUGAACCCCUUCGCGGCGGCCGCCUUCCACUUCGGCGCUCUGCCCGGAGGACCAGGAGGUCCUGGCGGAGCGGGCCAUGGAGCCCACAAUGGAGCCCUGGGUUCGGAGUCCUCGCAGGGCGACCUCGACGACAACAUGGACUGCGGGGAGGACUACGACGACGACGUCUCCUCGGAGCACCUCUCGAACAGCAAUCUCGAGCAGGAGGGCGACAGGCCGCGAUCAGGAGAUGACUUCAAGUCGCUGCUCUUCGAGCAGAAGCUGAGGAUCGAUGCCACGGGAGUGGUGAACACGAAUCCGGUGAGGCCGAGGUCCUCCGCCUCGAGUCACGGCCACUCGGUGGGCUCCACCUCGGCACCCACCUCGCCAUCGGUGCACCCUUCGUCGAGUCAGGCGCCCAAGGCCAGUUCCUCGCCAGCUCGCUCGGAGGCCUCCCAGGGAGCCCUGGACCUCACACCCCGCGCUGCUCCCACCUCCAGUUCCAGCUCGCGAUCGCCGCUGCCGAAGGAGAAGCCCGUGAGUCCGCCGAACCUGCCCCGCAGCCCCGGCCACGCCCACUCGCUGCUCACCUCCCCCCUGCCGCCCAGCGUGGGCAUCGACUGUCUGCCGCCGGGCCUGCAGCACCACCUGCAGCAGCAGCACCAGCACCUCAUGCAGCAGCAGGCGGCGGUGGCGGCGGCGGCAGCGGCGCAGCACCACCACCACCAGCAGAUGGCGGCGCUCCACCAGCACCAGGAGCAGCUGCGUCGCGAGGCGGCGGAGGCGCAGCAGAAGGCGGCAGCAGCGGCCGCAGCAGCAGCAGCCGCCGCAGCAGCAGCGGCGCAGCGGCAGACGCCGCCGCAGCCGAAUCAGCGGCAGGAGAGCGGCGGACCGCCCCCGCCGAAUCCGCUGAUGGGCGCCCGUCCUCCGUUCGGGAUGUUCCCCAACCUGCCGCUCUUCCCGCCCGCCACCACCCAGAACAUGUGCAACGCCAUGAACCAGAUCGCCCAGUCCGUCAUGCCGGCGGCCCCCUUCAACCCACUCGCCUUGAGCGGGGUGCGGGGCAGCACCACCUGCGGCAUCUGCUACAAGACAUUCCCCUGCCACUCCGCGCUGGAGAUCCACUACCGGAGCCACACGAAGGAGCGGCCCUUCAAGUGCAACAUCUGCGACCGCGGCUUCACUACAAAGGGCAACCUGAAGCAACACAUGCUCACUCACAAGAUCCGCGACAUGGAGCAGGAGACCUUCAGAAAUCGUGCCGUAAAGUAUAUGAGUGAGUGGAACGACGAUCGCGAAUAAGUAAGCACUCAAGUUCUACGACGGUUUCGAUCGGAUCGCUGCCCGGCGGUCUAGAUCACUUGGCCCCAAAAAAAAGAAAGAAAAAGGAGGCUGGCGAUCGCAGCCCAGACCCUCAGUCAAGAUGCAAUCGAUUCUCGCAACCAAAUGAUCUCAAGAUUUAGAGCGAAACGAGAGGUGAAGAUCGGUCGUGUACACAAAUCUUUAUAUUUAUAAAUUGUUGCCCACAAAAUAUUAUUUGAUUGUUGUUCCCCCGAAUGAAAAGCGAAAAGUUUCCAACUGUAGACGCAGUUGAUCGCAUGAUCGAUUGCUCGAUUAUGCUGAAGCUCCCCGAGCACUUUCAUAAACAAUUUUUAAUGGUCUGGCGAAUGGAGAAUGGGGAAUUUCGCCGCACACACGAUCACCAAAAGAACACUAAGAGGGAUCAUGAAACGUAUCCAAAGAGCAUCAAAAGCGAUAUGGAGAUGGAACCAAUAUCUGAAUAUCCGCUUGGUAUUGAGAGACUGAUAGCGUUUCAUGUUCCACAAAACUAAAAACGGAACCAGAAUCACGGCAAUCGGAAUCUGUAUCUGUGCAUUCACAUUCUGAAUCCGUGAAUCUGAAUCCGCGGCAGCUGAAAAAAUGCAGACAGUCAGCGAAGGCGUAGUAAAAUCAAAAUUCGAAUUUAAAGCAAAUCUUAAGGUAUAUGCUAACAUAUAUAUAAUAAGACAUGUGUAAAUACGUAUAUAUAAUAUAUAUGAUAUAUGAUAGCCAAACCCCCACAGACACAGACACAGACACACGCAUUAGCAUACACACACAUACAUGUUAAUAAUCUAUUUGGAAUGUGCAAUAAUAUGACAUGCUAUAAAUUUAGAUGCGAACGCCGAGCGCAGGCUUUUGUUUCCUACUACUCGUAAAUUAGAUUUAUUUUUCACUUCUUGUACAUACUUCGUAUGAAUACACACACCCAAACACCCAAAACACACAUUAUUAUUAAACACACAUUUCGAAAUCUAAUCGCUUGCUUUCGAGAAUGGGUUAACAUAGGUUAAUAAAAAUGAAAGAAAACAAAAAACACUAAAAAUAUAUAUGAGAAAUUGUGAUAUUAAAUGUAAAAAGAAAUACAAAUUACGAUUGCGGCGGACGGGGGAAACCCAUCGGAGGCCCCCGCAAAAUGCUUUCCAUAUCACAGAUGAGAGAACCACAAAAGAUAUCUAACAUUCAUAGUUAAUUUAGUCGUUAGCCGAGGGGACAAUCCCCAAACCCACAAACAGAAACAGAAACAAAAAACAGAAACACACACCCCACUCUAAUUUCUAAUUUCUCUUCACUGGAAGGAAGGAUUAACCCUAGCGAUAAGUAAGUCUUCGAGCGAUCGAACACGUAUUGAUUACCACAAUUAAAUUAUACACGGAUGCGAAUGCGUCCCACUCUGUUCGUAGGCAUUAAGCAUAGUCCCAUAAUUUAUUACGCAGCCCGAGAGCGAAAACAAACUAAAAUGCAAAUAAAAGUGAAUCUAUUGAGAAGAACGAAUAAAUAUAUGUAUUUAAGUUAUGAAAAAUUAAUAAA